AUGUCAAUCCGACUUGUGACUUCUCAACACGUGAGCUCAGAACUUCGCAAUCCACCCUACAAAGCGUAUAUUGCCACUAUGCGCGACAGGAUCGAGUAUGAAUCUGCCAUGUUCUUGUAUACCCAUCGAGAGCGAGUCUUGGGAGAAGAAGAUGAAUUGAGAAGCAAAAACAAAUUCACUACGUCUAUAAAGCAGUUGUAUCGGAACAGGAUGCUCAGAACUCGACUGGAGCAGCUGGAGCGGACAUAUAAUGCGCGCGUUAAUGAGCUAUUGACGAUUUCUGCGCGGGUACAGCAUUUACGACGAUCGUUGGGUGCGGUACAUGAGUAUCGGGCAAAGUCAAAGUGCAGAUUAGGGUGGAACAGACACUUCGUGGAGAUUAAAGGUGAACUCGAAUGCAGAGAAGCAGAGGAGAAGGAGAUACUUGAGAGCAUAUACGAAGUUGCAGUAGAGAUUGCAGAGUUGGGUUGUGCAUAA